AUGUCAGUGGUUGGUGAUGACUUAGAAACUGUUGUUUCAGAAGAAUUCGGCUUCAAGCCUCUAGGCCAAGCUGUUAUUUUACCAUCUUAUGAUGAAAAGUUGCCUUAUUCUUCAUUGCAUAACUUAGAUAUUUCGAACAAGAGAGGUUUAUAUGUGGCCACAUCAGGAGAUAAAACAGUAAUUGGUAAAGUUCAAGAUUUAAGAGAUUUUGUUUCGUCUAGUGAAGUCACCGCUUUACCACAAUUUUUAUGGGAAAAGGAUAUUACAGGCGUUAUUGCUGUAAAGUUUUACAAUAAUUUGGUUUUAAUUCUUAAUACAGAUGGACAAUUGUCAUCAAUAGAUUGUAACGAUUUAUCUAAGGAUUUGGAAAAUAUACAUAAGUUUGAAUCAGGGAUUUUAGAAUUCAAGCUUUCAGCAAAUACUUUAUUUUUAUUAUCAAAUAAUUAUCAGUUGUUUUGUUAUAACAUUAGUGCAGAUGAGAUAGUGCCAAUUACAAAUGAAGUGAUCGCACUUGAUGUUUUUGAAAAUUUAUUAGUUGCGAUAAACAGUAAUGGUAUUAUAAAAUUCUAUGAAAUAUCAGGUGCUGAAUUGAAUGAAUUCGAAUCAUUUGGUUAUCCUGAUCAAUUGAAAGAAGAAUUUAAUGAUGAAUAUAAACCAAUUAGUAUUACAGUGUUAGACAAAGCAAGAUUCCUUGUGGUAUUUGGUGUCGAUGUAGAUACCACAGAAGAUAUGAUUUCAUAUGACCAUAAGAUGUAUAUCGUUGCCAAAAAGGAGUCUGAAUUCAUUUUUAAGGAAUCUUAUGAUAUAUUACCGGCUUUUGGCUCAGUUUUAAGAUAUCCAACUUACUAUAAUAUAUAUUUGAAAGGUCUGAUCAAGGAAAAUCAAGAGUUAAACGUUUUGGGUUCUGCAUGUUCCAGUGAGUUGACCAUUUUGGACAAAUUAGAUAUAGUUCAACCCUCUCAAGAUAGUGAAAGAGCUGUUUUACCAAUCAAUAAAGAAACUGAUAAUGAUACAAAUCCAAUUGGUAUAGCUAUUGAUGUUUGCACAGAUGGUCUAAUUGGAGAACCUUGUCAAGGUGUUGAUAAAAUUGACCACAUGGCUCUAAUAUAUAUUUUGACAAAUGAAGGUAAACUGAUAAUAGAUGGGUUGUAUGAUUCUACAGCUAUCAAGAAUGAUUCAUAUAAUGUAAAUUCCUUAAAGGCAAGAAUAAUAAAUGAAAAUGAAGGUGAAAAUGACAGUAUCAAACCAUUUAUUAAAAACGAAGUAUUAAAGGAAAAUGCUCCGAUAUUAUCAUCUGCGAAAAUUUCAUCAGGAACAGACGAUAAUAAGACUCCAACAUUUAGUCAACCUAGCUUUGGCAUCCCUAAUAGUAACACGUUAGAACCUUCAAAUUUUGCAUUCGGUAAACCAAGUUUCGGAAGCCCAGCUUCCAGCUCACCUUUUUCUGCAUUCUCUACUACCGCCACAGAAGAAACCUCCUCAUCAACUGCAUUUGGUAAACCUGCAUUUGGAGCGCCUUCAUUUAAUUCAUUUAAAUCAUCAACUGAGACAGCCAAUCAAACAUUUGGCGCUCCAUCAUUCGGAACUCCCUCCUUCGGUUCUUCCUCUUCAAAACCUGAUGGUUCAACUGAAUCUUCUGUAUUUGGAAAACCUACAUUUGGACAAUCAUCAUUCAGUGCAUCGGCCUUUCAGGCUAAAGAAUCUUCCUCCGGACCUACAUUUGGGCAAAGUUCUUUUGCCAAUUCAACUUUUGGAAAUUUAGCAGGCUCGAACAAAUCAACGAAUAUAUUUGGUUCGGCUUCUUCUGAUAAAGCUGACAAUCCAUUUCUCGGUGCAUCAAAUGGAAAUUCCCCAUUUGCAAACUUAAUGUCGAACAAACCAGCUGUUGAUGUUGAAUCACCAUUUUCAAAAUUUUCUAUCUCAAAUAAAGUUGAAGAGAUUGAUAGUAGAGAGACAAAUGAUAUUCCAAAAGAAGAAUCUAGUACAUCUGAAGACUUAAGAGAUUCUACAGUUGAACAAAUGCCUACUAUUUCAACUCCAUUGGCAUCUAAAGAUAUCUCAUUAACAAAACAAGAAACCUCUGACGAAUCAGCUGGAAUUACAGCAGAUAAUAAGCCUAAGGAAUCCGGGUUUUCAAUUUCUUCCCUAACUGAUAAAAUAAAGAAAUCAGCAAAUAUAUCGGAAAAUGAUUUAAAUAUUAAUAGUUUCACGAAAUCUCCAUUUGAAACAGAAAAAUCAGGUGAAUCCUCACCUUUUUCUAACUUUACAAAUGAUUUAAAUAAAUCUCAACCAGCAUCAUUUGCUAUCAAUUUAAAUGACAAAAAUAAGGAAUUACUUCAAGAUGAUAUGCAAAAAAAUAUCUCCGAAUCAGAAGCAGAGAUUGUUGAUAUCAACGAAGAAUCUUCAUCAGUGGAUUUACCUAAGAUCAACGAUGAAGUUUCCAAAGAAUCUAAUAAUAACUCAGAGGAAUCUGAUGCAGAUUCGAUAACGACUCAAGAAUCAUACGAAAAUGUAGAAGCUUUUGAAAAACACUCAGAACAAGAGUCUGAUACUGAAUCUUUAAAUAAGACUGAAUUUAAUGAUGAACCAAAUAAUGAAAAUGUGGAAGAAAUAAAAGACAAUGAAGAAAUUGAAAUUAGAAAAGAACUGGAAGUAGAAGAGGCAUCUACUAAACAAGAACCAGAAACUGAUAAUGAAGAUGAUGUUGUAGAGGAAUCUGUAUUAAAUCGUGAAAUUGAGACAAAAAAUGAACUUCAAAAUGGUGUACCAACCGAAGAAGAAAAUGAAAUUAAUGAAGAAUCUGAGAUUGAAUCAGAAGAGACUAGUGAAAUUGUUGAAGAGAGCAUAGUUGUAAAGACUAUUGGAACAAGCCCAGCUAAUUCUGCAAAUGCUGAAAUUCAAACUGAGCCUUUACUUGUAUUUGAUAAGAGCACACAAUUUGAGAAGGAAUAUUCCACUGUAGGACAUCAAACUGAUAAAAUUGAAACUUGUGACUUUAACAUUCAAACAUUUGAAGAUGAUGAAAGUUAUGUAGCUUUAUGUCAUAAACCAUCAACUUUAAAACCGUUUUUCACAGGAGCAACCAUUAAAGGAAUGAAAUAUUUAUCAGAUGAUCCUAAUCUAAGAAUAGUUGAAUCAACAUAUAACUUCAUUGAAGCAGAAUUGCUAGUUCUUUCUUUAAACUUAAAGAACAUGGAUGAAUUUCUGGUUGACCAAUCCACAACAUAUAUUGAGAAAAGAACUGAUAAAACAUUAAAUAACAUUUACAUUUGGAGACUGAAUGAGUCUAAGAUUUUAGUCGAUAUUCUAUCCCAAAAAGUAGAAUCGUGUGCUUCACAAUUUUCUAAACAGGAUGACUUAUUAUUGAGAGUUGAUGAACUAACUGAAAAAAUCAAGAAGAAUGUUGAUGAAAAAAUCAAGUUUAAAGAAUUUAUUAACACCUUGGAUGAAAUUGUAAAUGGGAAGGAAGAAAGAGUACGUGAUCUAACGUUGUAUCAAUCAACAGUUCAAAAUAAUCUACGUAAUAAAAUUCGAGUACUUUCUGAAAAAAUCAACCGUAUAGAGGAAACUGUUAACAUUUUAAAGAUGUACACAGUUAAUAGUGAUAAAUUAUCCGAUAACCCAUUAGUCAGUAGGUUAAUUGCAGAAUCUGUAAGUCGUGGAAAUCUCUUGGAUGAGAUUAAAAGUCUAAGGGGUGAUUUGAAUAAGUUUAGAGCAAAUUCAGAAGGAGCAUUUACCGAUGAAUCUACCUCAGCGGAACAAACUGCAUUAGCUAUUAGAAAAGGGAAUAGUUUAAAUUCAAUUAAGGUUGCAGAAACAAGUUUACGUUUGAACACCAAGCAGCAACUGGGUUUAUUUUUUGAAAAGAUGGUAUCUGUUCAAGAAUAA